AUGGUCAAUUUUUACCGCCGGUUCCUACCGAACUGUGCUGAUCUCAUGAUGCCGCUAACCAACAUUCUUUCUUGUCCAAAAGGUCCCCUCGAGGUGACUGGUGAAGCACAGACUGCUUUUGAGAGAAUCAAGAAUUCCCUUGAAGAUGCCAACUUACUCACACAUCCCGCUCCCGAGGCUCAGCGGUCUCUGAUGGUAGAUGCUUCGACCGUAGCCGUAGGUGCGGUCCUUCAACAACACCUUGCUGGUUCGACUCGACCACUUGCCUUUUUCUCCAAAAAAACUCUUAUCAACUGAGACACGCUGCAGUACCUUUGUCCGUGAACUACUUGCCAUUUACCUGGCUGUGAAGCAUUUUCGGCAUUUCCUUGAAGGUCGUAACUUCACUAAUUUCACUGACAACAAACCGUUGAUUUUGCACUUCGUCCCCACUCCGACAAGUGCAAUCCGAGGGAAAUCCCACCUGGACUACAUCUCCCCAUUCACCAUCGACAUCCGCCACAUUGAUGGCACGAAGAACGAGGUGGCUGAUAUGCUGUCCAGACCCUCCCUGUCUUCCCUCCAACCCUCACACGGGAUCGAUCUUUAUGCCAUGGCGGCUGAGCAACAGAAAGUCGGUUGUCCUGGUGACGAGUCUGUUAGUGGUCUCCUACUCAAAGACGUUCCUCUGACCACCGGCUCUGGUACCCUACUUUGUGACGUCUCAACUCCCUUUCAUCGCCCUUUCGUGCCCGCUUCGAUGCGUCGAGCUGUAUUUCAAACUUUGCAUGGACUCUCCCACCGUGGGAUCCGAACCUCUCAAAAGCUCCUCGCGGAAAGGUUUGUCUGGCCUGGCAUGAACAAGGACGUCAAAGCCUGGGCCCGGUCGUGUGUGAGCUGCCAGCGCAACAAGGUGCAGCGUCACAACAAGUCCCCACUAGGCACUUUCCCCAGUCCCGACGCACGGUUCAGCCAUAUCCACCUGGAUUUCGUAGACCCUUGCCUCCAUCCAAUGGUUUCACCCACCUCCUUACCUGUGUCGAUCGAUAUACUCGCUGGGCUGAGGCUAUUCCUUUGCCGAAUGUUCAGGCUGAAAAAAUUGUGAAGGCCUUCGUCAGUCGUUGGGUCGCCAUGUUCGGUGCCCGAUCCACGGUUACGACUGAUCGUGGUGCCCAGUUUGAGUCGGCACUCUUCCAAACGCUUCUCAAUUUCCUUGGCUGGCCACGCAUUCGGAAGACAGCUUACCACCCAGCUGCCAACGGUAUGGUGAAACGUUUCCAUCGUCAGCGAAAGACCCUCCUGCGUGCCGUAGAAGACCCAGGAAACUGGUCAGACGACCUUUCUCUUGCACUCUUCCGCAUCCGCUCAGCUAUGAAGUCGGAUCUGGGCUAUAGCGCAGCUGACUUGGUUUUUGCACUACCCUCCGACUGCCAGGCGAGAUGA